CAUGGGGUGUGGAUCGAGUUCUAGCCAAGGAGCACCUAAGCAGGCGGCUGCGGCAAAACAGUCGGGGAUUCCCGAAGACGCAGUACCGUACACGGGACCGUUACUCAACGUGUGCUUGAUCGAAGUGCCUGUUAAAAUGAAAACUGAAACAAACUUACUCGGAAUUAACGGAACCACGACUACGACCGACGUCGAUGCAUACUUCCCGCUUAUAGCCGCGCCGUAUUCCGAUGGAUUCGUUCUUCGACAGUUUACCCCCAUAACGGGAGCUCACAAGAGGGAUAAUAUGUUUUCUAUGAGUGGAACGCAACAAUAUCAAGCAAUAUUGUCGAAACCCACAAGUGACACAUCUGGAGAAUCGUGGCAGUUACAUAUCAUAAAAAGCGCUCUGGCGCCACAACUUCUAAACUCAGGUUUCAGUAUGAUGUUUUCUAUGAAGCACGGCGCAGUCGCCGAUACUUCGCAUUUACAUCAACAGUUAGCUGAACAGACGGCAAAAGGAGGUCGACUUGCCUGUUUGACAAUGUCAAUGGCGUCACAAGGACCAAGUACGACCCAGGCGUUGCAAGGACAUGGUGGAGUGAUGGGUGUAGACAUGUUCUUCAAUAUGCCGACACAUCCCAACCCCACCCUAUAUUCCUACCAAGCAGUUAACAUACAGGUCCCCUACAAAAUGGUGACUGGGUUGGCGUCGGCCUCCGUCAAAGUGGACCUAGACUGGAACGCUCAACUCCGGGCGUACUUAGCACAGGGAUGGAGGCUGACAGAUAUUUUCUUCGAUUCUUCUUCCAGCACGCGAAUGGGGUUCAUGUCUGCAUCCGGUGCGAUGAACUCGGUGUGGUUCUUUGAAAAGGACUGUUCAAUGAUAGACGAUCCGACUCCGGUGUACGAAGGCGUGGCAAUCGAGUACUGGCAGAAGAUUGUUGUGGGUAUGACUGGAAACAUGAAAGUGGAUGGAAAAUGGGACAAUACUAUCACACAGAUGGGACAGCGUGGGUGGGAACUCACCACGAUACUAAGUACACCUGAAAGCAAAUCUGCUGGAAUGACAAUGCAUAUGAAGAUUAUGAUGUUUUUCCAAAGGAAAAUAAUGACAGCGCCCUCUGUUAGCCAGGAUCCGUCAGCGAAGGAAAAUGCGCAAGUCUCGACCGAGCAGUAAUCCGAG